CAGACGUGUGCGAUUGACUAAAGUGGUCCUUAUCUUAAACUAACGAUGUAUCCGCAACUGGAAACCGAAGCCGAGGCUCUGGAGAAUGCCACGGCGCGGGCUCUUUUACCAGGUGCCAUAAGUAAACCCGCCAGUGAGGCGGGAAAAGCUCCAAGGACGAGCAAAUGGAAACGCCGCCUGCAUCGCCACAUUCCGGUCUUCCAAUGGCUGCCGCUCUACACCACAGAAUGGGGAAUCGACGACUUUAUAGCCGGCAUUACUUUGGGACUCACAAUUAUACCCGAGAGCAUGGCCUGUGCUUUGUUGGCCGGUCUGCCGGCCCGAUAUGGUUUGUGUUCGGCCUUCAUAGGCCCUCUGAUCUAUCUGCUCUUUGGCUCCAUCGACAAGGUCAUCAUAGGACCCACUAGCCUGGUGGCUCUGGUCAGUGUGCAGUUUACCGUGGGUCGACCCAUCGAAUUCGCCUUUCUGCUCACCUUCCUCAGCGGAAUUGUGCAGAUCAUUAUGGGCACUAUGCGAAUGGGUUUUAUUUUCGAGUUUAUAUCCAUGCCAGUGAUUAAAGCUUUUUCCUCGGCCACUGCCAUCCUGGUAAUAGAAUCUCAGCUUAAAGUCCUGCUGGGCAUCAAGUACUUAGUGGCGGGUCUUCUAAACUCUGUUGGAAUGCUGAGUUCCCGCAUCGAAGAGUCCAAUAUGGCUGAUCUCACGGUUGGCAUUUGUGCCAUUGUUUUUCUGCUUUUAUUGGAGCUACUGGAUCGUGUAGCAAACAAUGAGAAGCGAAGCAAAAUUUUAAGGAUAUGUUGUCGAUACUUGUCCACCUCUAGAAAUACUUUGAUCGUACUCAUCGCCGGAAUUGUCUCCUAUGUUUGGAUUCACAAAAGUGGUCAAGUUCCCUAUGCCCUCAGCAAGAAUGCCCUGGCCACCCUGCCCAAUUUCACAGUGCCCAGUUUGAAUAUCGUAACCCCUGAGCGUAGCUACAGUUUUUGGGAGGUGCUGAAGGAACUGAAUAUCGGCAUUAUAGUCAUUCCAAUUGUGGGCAUACUCACGAACAUAUCGAUUGGAAAAUUAACUCCCAAGGGUUUGGUGGAUACCAAUCAGGAACUUCUCACCGUGGGCCUGUGCAAUAUGUUCGGAUCCUGUGUGCAGGCGAUGCCUUCGUCAGGGGCCUUCACCCGGUAUGCCAUCAGCACAGCCUGUGGACUCAGGACUCCAAUGGCCAAUCUGUAUUUGGGCAUUAUCGUGCUGCUGGCCCUGAGCUACCUGAGUCCGUACUUCAACUACAUCCCGGAAGCGACGCUGGCGGCCAUCCUGAUAUGCUCGAUAUUCACGCUGCUGGACUUCAGGCUGCCGAUGCGAUUGUGGCGCGACUCGAAGCGCGACUUUGCCACCUGGCUACUGUGCUUCUGCGUGUGCGUGCUCUUCGGCGUGGAGGUGGGCCUGUUUGUGAGCAUUGUGGUGACCGCCCUGCACCUGCUCUACCUGUGGGCACGUCCCGAGAUCCGGGUGAAGAUUGAGCAGCUGGAGGAGAUGCAGUACAUCCGGGUGACGCCGGGCAACGGUGUCUACUUCCCGGCCAUCAAUUAUCUGCGGGAGCGCGUCCUGAAGGCCUGCACCCAGGCGGACUUCAAGAUUACCGUGGUGAUCGAUGGUCAGCGCAUCAAUGGGAUGGACUACACGGCUGCCCAGGGUAUAUCGAAGCUAUCGAGUGAUCUGUGCCGCCAGGCAGAUGCCUCCAGCUCUACGCUGCUGAUCCUCUUCAGGUUUCCGGAGCACCUGCAACGGCUCAUCGAUCACACGGACAACCUGGUCUUCUGCGAGAGCGAGGGAAAAGUCAAGGAGUUUUUAACUCAAGAGUCCCUGCGUAAUGGCUACAUCAACCUGAAGGAGCACAUCAGGGCCUCCAUCGAUUUGGGCUAUAAAAUCGACAUCGAUUAGGGAUAUACUCCAACUCCGCCCCCUAGUUAGCUGCUUGUGUUAUUUAUUUAAGUUUAGUUGGAGAAAUUGUCGUCGUCGGUGGCUGCAAAUGGAAAUAAAAGUGAAGGAAAAGUGGAACAAAUGCCUUGAUGGCAGCAAUUUAUAAAAUCCCCCCAAACCCAAGCCCAAGCCCAGCAAACCCGACAACUGACCUCUGGAGGAGUUGGAGAUGGGGAUGGGCAGAAUAGAUGCGGUGCCGCUGGCGACGCCGUCAAUGAUUGCCAAGCUAAUGGAUUUCUGUUUACUUUUUCACUUAGAGCGGGCGCCAAGGAGGAAAAGCAGCAGGAAAAGCUGGAAAAGCAGCAGAAACAGCAGCAGCAGCUGGAGCAUAAGGAAAAAACAAGGUUUUGAAAAAUAGCGCAAAAGAAAUUAGAGAAAAGCGAAAGCGCACAACUAACUUUUCUAACCAAAAAAAAAAAGGGAAAGAAAAAGAAAAAAAAAGGUGCGCUGGAAAAAAAGGAAGAAAAACACAGUUGAAAAGAAACUGCAAGAAAUUAAACUAAAAUCCUAGCGUAAAGUGGAUCAAACGCAGUAAAAACAAGCCAUGGCAUAAAUUAAAUUAUUUAAGAACAAAAACCAACUACUCUUUCGGUAAUAAAAUGCGAAUAAAUAAAAACAUUAAACGAGCAUAGGAAAUAGCUUAAACAAAUAAGUUUUCGUACUGGUGGCGAAUUUUAAAUAAUACUUGAGACUUUAACCAACAAUGUAUAAUUAAAAUGACAUAUUCUGGAAGAGUAGUUCAUAUUUAUUAAGAUUUCCCUUGAGUAAAAUUGAAAUACAAACUUUUUUAUAGCUAAGAAUACAAGUUUUACAA